AUGGCAUCUUCGAACUCAAGUCCCGGAAUGGGUCCUUUUCAUCUUCUGUCACCAGAAGUUCGCAGCAUGAUCUUCUCCUACCUAGAUAGGGGUGACAUGACAAGUCUCCGCGCAACAUGUUCAACUCUCGAGCGCGUUGUUCCCUGUAAUAUUGACCGUGCCUUCAUAUCUGCCAACUCUCUCAACAUCCAAGUCUUCCGCGCCAUCGCGGAUAGUGAGUUGCACCGGCACAAAAUUACAGAGAUCAUCUGGGAUGAUGCACGACUGCCAGAAGUACCGGAAUAUAGGGAAGCUACCUCCUCCGAUGACGACAAGGGUAAAUGUUAUAAACAAGACAAAUAUCAUGUCGACUACGGCUACGACUACUGGAAUGAUGAUGACGACGCGUCUCUAUGCAGUAGUAUGCCUGAGUGGUUCACAAGGCGUUGCCUGGAUGGUGGGCCCGAUGGCGAUCAACAGAUCCCUUACAAUAACUCCAUCAUCAACAAAUCAUGGAAAUUCUACGAGGAGCUUAUGAGCGAUCAGCACAAGAACAUACGAUUGAACGCGGAUAUUGAGGCCUUCAAGUAUGGCUUGCAACGAUUCACUCAUCUCAAGCGAGUUACAAUCACACCUUGUACACACGGUCGCCAAAGUCAGCCAUUGUUCAGGACUCCUAUGAUAAGGUCCUUUCCUUUUGACUUUGUUUACCCUUCGCCACGGCCCUGGGCAUACACUGGAUUUGACAUCGAGCAUGUGGAUGCUCCCUGGGCACCCAACAAUGGCCACAGCGUUGAGUACGGAUAUAAGGACUGCCAAUGUCGCUUGCUGGCGUUUACCGCAUUCCACAUUAAAUAUAAAGAUGUGCGGUGCUCAUGUCGUCGUGGGAAAAUGUCAGCAUCCAAACAUGACGAUUACAGAGCUGACUGGCGCGGCUUUUCUCUUGUGACACGAGCCCUAGUGGAAUGCGAACAAGACCACCAUGUCACAGAACUCAUCAUUGCCGGUAGAGAGAUAUGGACAGGAGUGAAUUGUCAUGUUUUCGAUCAGAAGUGCCAAGAGUAUGAUGAUCUGGUCAGCCUGCUUAAGCGACCUGGCUUUCGUCGUUUGGACCUCGACCUGAAUACUUUCAUAAUCCAGCGUGAUGAGGACGGCUGGAAAUCGUACCGAAGUGGUCUCUUGCGCGAAGCCCUGGCGCAAGCAAAGGAUCUACGGCAUAUUUCUCUGCGUACCACAACAGACACAAUUGACGGGAAGUGCUUGUUCAUCGACCCGAAGGAUGAAUUCAAAAAGACAUUCCCUCUGGAAAUGAUCCUCCCUUUCGAUCAGUGGCCCAAUCUCCAACACUUUGGUAUAUCCAACUUGCUCGUCACAAACAGCAAUCUUGUUUCACUUCUGGCGGCCUUGCCGAAAUCUUUGCGAUCUGUUGAACUGAGCAACUUGGGAUUUGCUGGCAUCGGUGGCUGGUGGGAGCUGCUCAACGAGAUGCGUAGCAAGCUAGAUUGGCGCAUGAGACCUGUGCGAGAAAGACCUGUAUUGCACAUGACAGUCGCAGAUUUGUAUUUCGAGGAUUUGGAGAUGGGAUUUUAUGUUCACAUCGAUGAUGCGGUUGCUUCUUUCAUGUAUGGAUUUGGGGGAAAUCCCUUCAGGAAACAACCUGUGGAAAUGGUUGAAGCGCAUGGGGAAUACACAAAUCCUUUAAACCCAGAUGAACUUGAUAAGGCUACUGGUGUUCUCCGUCACAUCAUCAAGCACUUCGAGCCCUUGUCGACUGAGAAGCCGUAUAACCGACCUAGGCUGGUGCGUCUUACAUACGAAUAUGCUCGAUCAGAUCAAUCUAAAUCCAACUUCUUACAUGCAUUCCUCGGUGCAGUGAAUGUCAAGGUGGAUCAAGUUAUUGAUCUUGAUGAUGAAACGGUGGAAGAGGCGAUUCGUUUGGCAUUGAACGCAUUUGCAGAUUUCCUCAUCGACAACUUCUUCCUUCCACUCAAAGCUGCUGGCAGCAAGACGCCCCAACCAUCACCCGCAGCUAGCUCCCGAAUCACGAGCAAACAUCCUAUUAUCGGGUCCAUAGAACGAGUAGCGUCGCUUAGACGUGACUGCCUAGUUCGUGACCAACAUCGCUGUGUAAUAUCUCGCGAUUUCGAUAUGAAAGAAGCUGAGCGCCGUAUUGAAGAGAGCGGAUACGACUAUGCUUCAGACGAUCAAGGACAAUUACUCAAAGAACAGGAACCCGGAUCAUUUGCAGAACUGGAAGUCGCGCAUAUACUUCCUCACUCAUUGAUGACUGCGACAGGAAACUCUGAGCUGAAUAAAAAUAAAUCCAAGGAAACGGCAUUGGCAAUACUUGAUAUGUUUGAUCACGAUAUCGUCCAUCUUAUCCAAGGCCCAGAUAUCGAUCGUUCUCGGAACGCUCUGACUCUGAAAAUUGAUAUACAUCGGCAGUUUGGCAACUUUAAAGUUUUUUUCGAGUCUACGAACCAGCCCAAUAAUUACCGGGUCGAUUCAACCCUCCGUCAGCCAUUUAGGAACCGUAUUUUCCCUAUCAAUCGUACUUUCUUUCUCACUCCCGAACGAACCAUCGACCCCCCGUCCGCUCGGCUUCUCGCUGUUCACCACGCUAUUUGCCAGAUUUUACAUCUAAGUGCCGCUGGAAAUUACAUUGACAGCAUUCUACGCGACUUUGAAGAUGGAGCUGUACAAUCUGACGGCUCUACUCAUUUGGCCAGUCUGCUUCAGCUUCGGCUAGAUUGUUGGUGA